AGAUGUUAUCACCUGCCCAAUGUCUAGCCAUUUAUGGCGGUUCGACGGUUUUGGCGUACAUUGAAACGUCAAAAUUCGAGAAAAAUCAUCAUAUUCUUCUCAGUGCACCUCUAGUGAUCUUGUCUAUUUUGACACUUGCAACAACAAUGAAUCCAAAAGCCCGAUUCGCCACUGCCAUGUCAUUUUUAAUGUCCGCCAUCGCGACAUACUUCCAAUCAGUCAACCGUACUGGCCCAGCUUCCGCUAUCUUUUACACAAUUGCCAAUGUGUUCUAUUACUUCUCAUAUAGAGACAUUGUAACUUCAGUUUCUUCUCCAAUUGUGUUCCUAGCCGCGUGCGUUUCAUUCGGUCAAUUCCUCCACCUUCUUCAAGAUCUUCUCGUUGCCAUCCCAUUCCUGGCUACAAUCCUCACUAUCCUUCUAGCUUCUCACGUUGUGAUCCUAGCCACUUCUGCAAGUCUCUGCCAAAAUGGCCAGCAUGGAGAUUACGAUGCUCGUCAAGCAUCUACUGUUCGCUUGAUUGGUGCAGUUUUGGCAUGGCUCAGCGCUUUCCUUCUGCUGAUCAACUCGUUCCAAACUCAUACCAAAGAACUUCACUCUGUCUCUCGUAUUAUCUUCUACCUCGGAAAUGCAAUGUUGUUCAUUGCAAAUGAACGUGCUUUCUAAAUUGAAUGACCUUUUUUUAAUGUAAAAUUUUCACUUUCCUUGCCAUCUGUGUUUUAAUAAUAAUAAUGAUAAUAAUUACAGCAUUUAAGUAUUUAUUCAUAUUUAGAUUUUGUAGUGAUUGAAUCUGUUAGUGAAACUUGUUUACUAUGUAAAUAUAUUUAUACGGUUGAAAUAAUAAACUAAUAAAGUUCCUUCCAUUCACUG